GAAAUCUCGCGAGGUUUGAGCAUUCUGAGAGCUCUGAUCCGAGUCGACCAGUGGAGGUUUUCUUCGGGCCAGUGAUGGGGCUGAGCUCCGCUGACCUCUGCAGCAGCCCCACCACUGACUGUCUCUGCUGGGUUCUGCGUCUGCUCGCUGAAGAAGCUGAACAGGCGAGAGGAGUCUCUUCCCUUGGGUGUGUAGGUCCCUGUUAGCAGAGGCUUUGAGUCCUAACGCCACAUCAGACGGCUGCGAGGGAUUGAGACCAGAUUUUCAGAAAUUUGAUUAUGGUGUGUAUGAAUUUAGACCUUCUUGGGUUUAUUCUGUUUGAGUUUUGCUGAGGACGGAGAAUGAUGAAGACAGGAAGAUUGCUGAGGAAGAGACAGUGUUGCAUAAUUUAAAUUCAUAAAUAAUUGUGCCAGUUAAGCAUUCCUUUAGAAAUGAGUUGCACAAUUGAGAAGGCACUUGCUGAUGCUAAAGCUCUUGUUGAAAGAUUGAGAGAUCAUGACGAUGCAGCAGAAUCUCUGAUUGAGCAAACCACAGCUCUCAAUAAGCGAGUAGAAGCGAUGAAGCAGUAUCAGGAAGAAAUUCAAGAACUUAAUGAAGUUGCAAGGCAUCGACCACGGUCCACAUUGGUUAUGGGAAUCCAGCAAGAAAACAGGCAAAUCAGAGAACUGCAACAAGAGAACAAAGAAUUGCGUACGUCCCUGGAAGAACAUCAGUCUGCCUUGGAACUUAUCAUGAGCAAGUAUCGAGAGCAAAUGUUUAGACUACUAAUGGCUAGCAAAAAAGAUGAUCCGGGUAUAAUAACGAAGUUAAAAGAGCAGCACUCCAAGAUUGACAUGGUACAUCGUAACAGCUCCGAAGGAUUCUUCCUUGAUGCAUCUCGACACAUCUUUGAAGCAUCUCAACAUGGACUGGAGAGGAGGCACUUGGAAGCAAAUCAGAAUGAAUUACAAGCACAUGUUGAUCAGAUAACGGAAAUGGCAGCAGUAAUGAGGAAAGCCAUUGAAAUUGAUGAGCAACAGGGUUGCAAGGAACAGGAGCGAAUAUUUCAACUUGAACAAGAAAACAAAGGCUUGAGAGAGAUCCUUCAAAUAACUCGAGAAUCAUUUCUUAACCUUAGGAAGGAUGAUGUGUCUGAAAGUUCAUCUUUGUCAGCAUUAGUGACCAAUAGUGACCUGAGUCUGAGGAAGAGCUGAAGAGCCUGUAAGUCUGUGAGCUUCUUACAAGGCUCCAAAUGGUCACUGGGACUGACCUACUAAAGUGAAUGAAUUAACAGAAUAACCUGUCUCAAGCUACCCUUUGCUUUAUUUUUUUCUAUAGUAUGUACAGUGCACUGGCAAUGACAUUCUUGAGAUAGCAACAAAAAAAAUGCAUAGUUAAUGGUCAUAGACUUUAUUCCAAAAUAAAUUUAAAAUAGAAACUUUGUUAAUUGAUGAACAAACUAAAGAUUUUCUGAGUGACUGCUGAACUGUCAAGAGCUUUCAGCAGUGCAGCUGGCAUUCUGGAUGGUACCUGGAUAAGCAUGAAUAUCCCCAGUAAAUGUUUGGGGAUUCAUAAAAUUAUCUAAAUUUUAAAAUACACAUUUUGCCACAGUUUUGUGAAUGGAAGAUUGUCAUACUAAAUUUUAUUUCUCCUCACUGUAUCGUGUCAGAGUUAACAACAGCUUUUAUGUACCAUGAGACUUCAGCUUUACUUUCCCAUAAAUAUAAAUUUUGUCAAAGAAAAUUCAGUUAGCAAGGCUGUAAGGAUGUUUUAUAUGCACCAUAAACAAAAGAGGUAAUUUAAUUUUAGCUAAUUUACCAUAAUUAAAAUAGCGAACAAUUGUCCAUAAGUUGUUUAAGUAUAUGAAAUAUCAUUUCAGGAAUGAAAGAGAAAGAAUAUUACUUUCUAAGAAAGAAGAUCUUAUAAGAGACAUAUUAGUAGGUUAAACUACUCCUUUGGAAGAUUAAGUUUUGGUUCUAAAUCAAUAAUGAAGAUGAGAUUUUUCUCUUUGUUUCAUCUUUAAGGAUAUUAUGUAGCUCUUUUAGCUAACAGAGUUGAAACGUUUGAUAUAGCAAGCUAGGUAUGGUAAUUUCAAAGUAAAUUGAGAAUUGCUCUGCCUCAUUGAACCCUUUUUUAAAAGUAUUCUUAAGAGAUACAGGAAGUAAGUUAAAAUUUCAAAAAAAAAAUUGUUUUCUGGAUCUAUUCUUAAGCUCUAUCUGGCCCUCAUAACCUGUAAGAUUUUUCUUAUAACCUCUCAGUCAAAAGGGGAAUGGGGGAGGAUCUAUGGAUUUAUAAGUAUUUGUUUUAUUUUUUACAAAAUAAUAUCCAGUAUGUAAAUUUUUAAAAGCCACUAGAAAUAGAAAUGUACUUUAACAUCAAUUGAAAUCUAAAUUUUUCUUAUUUUGUGAUUAUAGAAUAAAAGGAUAAAAGAAAAAUGUCACAUAUGAUAAAUAUACUGAUUUAUAUUAAAAUUAGCACAGUAGCAAAUUCUGCUUUUGGGUGUGUAAUUUGUUAAAGAAAUAUUCACAUGGUAAUUUUUGUGUAUAAUUUCAUAUAUUGGUAAAAUUCAAAACUGCUUUUCACUUUGGAAUUUUUCUAUCUUAAGUUUGGGGUAAGUGGAGUCGAUGGGGCUGACUGAAAAGGGCUACUGGCCCAAACACUGAAUAGAUUUCUUUCCUCAGAGGCCUUAAUUGAUAUUUUAUACAUGACAGUUUUUAUUUUUAAACUUUUCUAUUGGUUUUGGGGGAAGUAUCUGUUAAUUUGGUGGCACAUUCAUUCAUAUAGUUUUAAUCCCACAUCAGAAUUAAAGAAAAUAAGCUACACAGUUAAGUCUGAGGCAAUUCAUUGAGGCAGCUCUAUUUCAAAAUGUUACUUGUUACUUGAUAAUUAUUUUUAUAAACCAAGUUAAUUUAUUCUUGGUCUUCUUACUUGGAUAUAAUUUUAAGAUCUUGGUGUUUAAAGACAUUUACUUUGUUAUACAGCAACAGUUUUCCAUCCAUACUUUUUUUUUUUUAAAGCAAAACCUUAAAUUUAUGUCUGAGAGUGUGUACUGCAUGGGAGCCUAUUUUAUCAAUAAAGAUGAAUGGCUGAAAUUGAUAUGGUCUCCAAGUUAAUUUGAGAACAACACCUAUAUUUAUUCUUACAUAUAGUUUAUCUUUAUGGCAUUUUCUCUCUAACCAUAAAACUAGUACUUAGCAAGAACUUCUAUCUGUAUUUCUUAGGAAUUGGCCAGCAACUUAUUCCUGAUCCUGCAAGCCUUUUUAUUAUAUAUGGUGGGUUUGAGAGUGUCCCUGCAAAGGUAUGUCCAGGUUCUAACCUCCUGCACCUAUGAAUGAGACCAUAUUUUAAGUUUUUGCAGAUUUAAGGAUCUUGGGAUACAAUUAUCCUAAAUCCAGGAUGGGCCCUAUCUAUCUCCAGUGACCGGUAUCCUUAGAAGAGAGAAGGAUAUUUGAAACAGAGGCAUGAGGAGAAAGCCAUGUGAAGAUAGAGGCAGAGAGUUAUGCAAGCCUCAGGGCCCUACGGUACCACCAGAAGUCAGGAGAAGGGUAUGGAAUGCAUUGUGCCUCAGAGCCUGCAGAAGGGGCCAACCCUGCUUGAUUUCAGACUUCUGGUCUUCUUGAUUUUUCAGAACUGUGAGAGAAUAAAUUUCUGCUAAGCCACCCAGCCUGUGGUGAUUUGUUAUGACAGCCCUGGAAAACGAGUAUCUAUCAUCUAUCCACUAUACUUUUUAUUUUAUAUCGGAAAUACAAUUCUAAAAAACUAAUUACAUACAACCUCACAGAUAAAGUGUUAUUGUUAUCUGCUCAAAUUGAUAUUCUUUAAUAUAAAGGUGACUUCCAAAAUUUUUUAUUUCUAAACUGUGGAAGAUCAUAGAUCCAUAACUCAAUUUUUGGUGAUCUCUACCUUCUCUUGUGGUCAGCGUAAACUAGGAGUGCAUUUUUCAGUGAAACAUCAAUGAAGUAUAACUUCUAAUUGGAAUUUGAAGGGGCUCUCUUUUUACCUCAGUGGCUGCUUUUGUUCUUUCUUCUGACUUAAAAUUAGAGAGCCCCAGGGCUCAGUCCUUAUUUCUAUUCUGUAUUCCUACUGACUUCCUUGGUGAUCUCAUCCAGUCGCAUGACUUUAAAUACCACCUGUAAUGCUGAUGACUCCCAAAUUUACAGCUCUCAUUAAACCUCUCAUUGACUCCAGACUCCUUCAACUCUGUCAAAGAGACAUCUCAGACUCAACAUGCUCAAAGCAGUCUUACUCUCCAGCCAUCUCAGCUGAUGACAACUCCAUCUUUUCAGCCGCUAAGGCCAAAAACCUUGGUGGCAUUUUUGACUCUACUUCCUCUUAUAUCACACACCCAAGUCAUCAGCAAAUCCUAUUGACCCCCUCCAUUUCUCACCGUCUCCACUGCUUCCCCAGGUUAAAGCCACAUUAUGAUAGGUGCUAGAGUGAACAAAUGAGAUUCAACCUAAAUAUCAUACAAUAGGGAAAUAGUUUAUGUCCAGAUUAUUAAUUUACUAUCAGUAUCUACCCAGUACAGCUUAUUAUAUACUGCAGCUUAAAGAUUCUAGCAACAGGAACAAAAAUAUGUACCUAAAUUUACAUAACAAAAACCUUAAUACUAAAUUGCACAUAUAAUUACAACUAUGUAAAAAUCAAAUGCAUAGGGGGAAGUGUCCAGAAGCAAAUAACAUCAGUAUACUUCCAACUAAUUCCGUUGUUUUACAUACACUAGCCAGUUAGUUACAAAAAACUUUGGUUUGCAGGCAACAGAAACUAUCUUUGUAUAGAUGUCAUAAUUUAUUCAACUAUUUCUCCUACUGAUAUUCAGACUGUAAUUUUUGCUAACGUAAAACAAUGCUUCCUUUAACAUCUAUGUACAUAUUUUAUGUACUGUACCUAUUUCUGGUGUAUAAAUUCUCAAAAGUUUGUUAGGUUAUGUUCCUUUUUGUUACAAUUUAUCUUUUGCAUAAAGGAAAAAAUAAAUGUACAUGGUUAAAAAAUCCAGCAUACAGAAAAUAUUACAGUUCAAAGCCAGUAUCUUCCUACAACCUAUGUAUUCCCGGAGGUAAUUACAAGUUUCUUGUGAAUCAGAAAAACUUAAUCUAUAAAUGCUUUUAAACAUGCACACACACACACACAAAAUUGGAAUCUCAAAUACACCUUGGUUCAUCGAUUUUUUUUUCAGUUAAUGAUAUCCCUUGCAAGUUUUUUUUUCCAUGUGAGGACAAAAGGAGUAAACCUACAAAAAAGGAAAAGCGUAAACCCACAGCUUUGGAAUAACUAAAGCCUUCAGAAAAUUCACUGUAUUGACAUCAGUAUCAGUAGGUAGAACUGGACCCAGAGUAAAAACAUCCUAAUCUUGAAGCAAAGGAUAUAUACUUCUUGGGUAUCAGACAUGGCUAGGAAAGCUACAUUUGGGCUUUCUAUAAAACUAACGAAGAAGAAAGCUGGUUAGAAUCGAUGUUACAAGAGCUUGUCCCUGUCACAGUGCGUAACCGCAAGCCUCAGCACAUUGCUUCUGUGUGUAUACACAGUUCAAGAGGAAUAGGGCUAGCCCUUGGCUACUUU